UUCUUUUUUUGCCUAUGAGAUGAAAUCUCGAAACUGUGGUAUGUUAAAGUGAAAGAGUUUGCUUUUUUGGUAGUAAGAUUCUGACGAAGCAGUAAAUACAUUGAAAAUAAAAGAAAGAUAUAGGUCAGUGCUUUUAAGCGUGCACUAAAUUGCAUGUUUAAUGUCCUCCAGAUCUCAUGGUCUUUCAAUUUUUUCUUGCAGCUGAAUUUUUCCUUUUUAAGCUCAAAAUUUGUGGCACGUUCUUUGCAGCAAAACAGCUGUUUCAAUUGAGUAUCUUUUUAGCAAUAAUAAUUCUCUGCUCUUUGUGGAGAAAAAUUCCCUACGUUAAGUAUAACAUUCCUCACAUUAAUCUAACUUUUUAAAUGAAAAUCCACAUAGUUGUUCUGUUUAAAUGAAACAAUGGUCUAAUGAGAGUUGCAUUAUAUUUUUUCAAUUUGGUCGAGAGCAUAUAAUGUUUUGCCUCCCCCCCCCAAAUUUAACAAGGGAAAUGAAAUUUUACAAAGAUGUGGUUUUGCAUUUGAAGUGUAACUCAAGAUUAAUUUAACACUUUACACAAACGAUGAUAAGGGUAUAUAUGCCCAUACAUACCACCUAUUAUACAUUGCUGUCUAUGGGGUGUUUUGUGGAUUACUUAAUGGCAAAUAUUCAUGACUCUGCACACGAGAUAUUUAAUACUAGAAUAAGAGCAAAAAUGAAAGAAAUAUUCCAAAAUUGGUGCUGCAGAUCACCAAUCUUGUCAAGAGGGAGUAUCAAAGGCCAAACCAGGAAAUAAUUGAUCCUCAAAUCACGUAUCCCGGAACUUCUUUUCCUGACCUGGGCAUGAAAAUUUAGCAAGUUUGUUAGAAUACAGAUUUGGUUAUUUAAUGUGAAUUUUAUUGGAGAAAUUGAAAACAUAACCGAAAAGCUGUGAAAAACCAUUUCAACCCUGAUCUCAUCUAAAUAGAACAAACAUUGGCAAUUCCAAACCUCUUUCACUCGAUUGUUGCGACACGAAUCAAAGAAUAGGACCGUAAGAUGAGGGCAGUGCACUCACCAUCAUUGCCAUACCUAGAUGUUUGUGAUUGGGGUGAGGGGGCGUUACGUGAUGUCAUAGACCGAUAAACGGCAGUCUAUUAUACCAAAUAAUUUGGGGGGGAGAGCCCCUCUGCCCUCAGUUGUUACACUUACAAGUCUGAUCACUACCCUGUUUUACCGACAUUGCAAUUCACCUGCUUAUCACUCUGGAUGCAUGACCGCGGUGUCUUGGAACAACGUCUCAGAAAAACAGGUGCAACAGCAAAUUUACUUAGCAAACCACUCAAAGUCGCACAUGGAUGCAUCCAUUAUUAUCAUAAAUUUUAGUUCUUUUAGGCAAACAGUAAUCAUUAUUUCGAGUUUGAAACUACCGACAUUAAAUGCUUUUCAUUUUUUGUCACAUAGCAAACAGAAGCUAACAAUGUCUUCGGAAAUCAUAUAGACGCUUAUCACAUUAAAUUGUGAAUUCCAUUUCGCCAUUUCUUUACCUAUCAACUCAGUUUUGAAUUACACAGGUUUUCAAGCAGAUGUAGCAGUCAAGCAAGCUGUCGGCAAAUCUCUUACUGAUGGAUGCAUAGUAAAACAGUCAUAUUUUGUGCAAUUCUGUUGUGAAUCUGGAAAUAUUGCAGAAAUGGUGCCGGCUUUUGAGCACUCAAAAAUCGAUUAUCUCUGUUUGUGACUAUCGUCACAGCAAAAUUUUGCGCGUUAUUUUGAUUUAUAUUCCAACCGUCACAGCGUAGGACGGCAGAUCAAGUUUUUUUUGCAAGGAAUAUCUCAGAUUAAUUGGAAACCCGUACGUUUGAAAGCAGACCCGUCUGAUCUACGCGGUUAUGGUUUGGUGCUGUCGAAGGUACUUCAAGUUCAACGCCUGUUGAGAAGUGCCUUGGAUCUAACGACUAAUUGCAUUUUUGUUAAAUGGCCUUGGAUUGAUUGUCUGGUUGCAAAAGCCGAUGGAAAGCUGCCCACUGUUUGGAAAUGCAAAUUUGUGUUAUAGAAAAUAUCAACAAAAAUGAAUCAAGGAAUGGUACCCAGAAGCGAAGCAGUAAUUCUGGAAGAUUAAUUAGUAAGUCAAUAUCUAUUAGCAAACAUUUCCAUAGUGUUGGAUAAAGCUGUAAAAGAAAACAAGAGGAGUGCAUACGUGUUGCUUUUCACGUAACAAGAAAGGUCAUCGAGAAUCAUCAGAGAUUGGCAAUGACUAUACAGGCAGCGGAUAAGGCGGGAGGAGAAGAAGAGUAAAGAUAAGUUGGUUUGGUGUUUUAGAGUCAAACGCUGGUGCAACCACGGAAAAUAUUUUAGAUUUGUAAAAGUUGCAAUAUGCUCGAUACUUUGGUGACAGUGAACGCAGCAAUUACUGUCUGCACUCUUGUUGUAGGUACACUCAUUAAUGUUCUUGUGAUUUAUGCAUUCUUGAAGACCAAGUCUCUUCAAAAUGUGAACAACUUUUUUUUAUUUCAGCUAGCCGUUGUUGACCUCGUUAAAGCUUGUUUUAUUCUCCCUGUCAAGGCGUUCAACCAAUUUGAGCAAAAAUCUAUUGGAAGCGGCUUUCUGUGUCAGCUUUCGGGAGUUGUUUCUGCUUUCACCUAUCUUCAUUCCGCCAUUUUGCUUUCUGCUAUUGCUGUCGUUAGAUACUUCAAAAUAGUUAGGCCGAUUCAAUAUUCUAAGAUUUCUUCACGUGGCCGUGUCAUGUUUUUCUCUAUCAUUCUCUUUCUAACAUCUCUCUUGGUGUCCUGUCUCCCAGUGUUUGGAGUUGGCGUAUACCAUUACAGUGGAUAUCACGGAGUUUGCUUUGCUUCUUGGUCCGAUAUCAAUAUACCGUAUCGGAUAGUCUUUUAUUUCGUUACGAUUGGCUUAUGCUAUUCUGUUCUGUUUGUCUGCUAUGGGAGGAUAUUUUGUAUUCUCCGAAGACACAGGCGUGUUGUUGUUUUCAAUCUAACGUCAUUGCAGCUGAAGCCUGUUCGGAAGUCAACCGAAGAAAACGGAGAGCCUAAUGACACCAAUAGCAUCAGCCUUGUGCAUCGAAGAAGAUUUGAGGAGAAAAGGAUAAACGAAGGAGGCAAGGAAAUCACUACUGCUGAUAACGACAUAGAAUCACAUCCCGUUCGCCAGAAAGCAAACCAGCAAUCUUCAGGUAUGCAGACAAUGAAGAAGUUCCAGAAUGACGUUCGCGUCACUAAAAUGAUGUUCACUGUGGUCGUUGUAUACUCAAUAUGCUGGUUACCAGCAUUUUUCGUUACUUUUCUUAGCUUGUCAAAGGUUGUCGUUGUCUCUCCAAGCGUUUUUUACCUCAUUGUGACUCUGGUGGAGCUCAAAGUCUGUCUGAAUCCUUUGAUCUAUGGAAUAUGGAAUUAUCAGUUUAGGAAAGCCUUAAAAGCCAUAUUUCUGAAAGAGUUCAAUGAGGUAUCUUUCGGGAAGGGUAAGGUAGAGCCCGCUCAUAAAAACAGUCAGCAAACAGAGAACGUUUUGAAGAAAGGAGAAAACGAUGAUGCAUUGUGAAUAAAUAUGAUGCUGAGCUUGCCGAAUGAAUGAAUUUCCAAUUAGGUUUGCGAUUGCAGCUGAUGGCAAAUAAAUAUUUGCGAAUUAAAAAAUUCGAUUGCAGUAGGCUUAUCUUGACCAUAUAUUUAUCGCAUUUUAACUGUUUUUUGUAAUGUAAAACAAUUAUUGUUGCAUUGAAGUGAAACUAAUAAGUCAUUUUACCGUGUAUUUAUCGCAUGUAAACGGUUUUUAAUGUAAAACAAUUAUUGAAGUAAAACUAGUUAGUUAUUUGAGUAUAUUUUUAAGGAAGUAAUUGGCACUCACCCGAAUCCCAAGAGCUUGAAGCUCGCGGAGGGAGGAGAGAUUUUGUGGUUAUGUUACAGGGUUUUCAUGACGAGCAAAUACACUAGCACUGUAGUUCUGUGCAAUCAUGCGAAUGGACAACAAUUCUGUGGCAUAAAGUCUUCCUAAACGCCAAUUUUGUCGCAUAACAGAAGCUUUGGCAACCAAAGCUUUUAAAGGACAGAUAUUUUUCUGAAAUCAAGUAUUCAGGCCAAAAUUUCCCUCAAUUUUUUACAGUAAUACAGUCUUGUGCAAUUUUUUUUAAACCACGCAACAGAGGCAAAACUGCUAAUCAAAAAGUACGGUAAAAUAUUAAAGAUUACGCAACUGCAAGUUGAAUUUUCAAAAUAAUUGUCUAAACUUUAAAAUUGAUAAAUAUUUAAAUCGAAAUACUAGUAAGAUUACCUAGAAUCUUUUCUUUUUUUCAAAAACGUUUUGCAGAAUUUCCCAAAAGUUUUGCAGCAAUAUCAUCCUCUUAACUCAUAGGCCAAAGAAUAACUUAGGUCGGUCAAAAAGGCGGUAUUCGGAAUAUUUCUAUAUAUUUGUCUUUGAAAGCUCUAAAUAAAGGAUAUAAAUGUUAUUUUCAUUCUCAGUUAUGUGUUCAAUUAAGUUUCUGCUUCAAACUUUUUUCUAAACUAAGUUUCAAUUAUUAAACGAGUAUAUGUAUUUGUAGAUUGCGGGCCUGAUAAAUCUAAUUGGAAUAACCCGGGUUAGCACUAUUGAUAAGCAUAGAAAAAGCUUUCCUAGCCUAACGUUCAGAAUCCAGAGAGGGUAUUUGCACGAAAACUUUGAAAUACCUAUAUGCCUACAAUAUUUGAAACUUAUUGGCUUGCGCAGCAGUGUUUGAUGUAGCACCCAAAACAUCAAACCAAUAGUUACACGCUUCUGUAGUAUAUAAAUAGAUAUAUAUAUAUAUAUAUAGUUUGCCUUGAAUCUGAUUACAGUUUGUCUUGAUGAUUACAGUCGCAAAAUGUAUACCCAUUAUUAUGAUACUGAAAACUACCCUCGUGCCUAUACCUAUCUUUUAAAAUUGUACCUAACAAAUGGCAUAUCCCUACUGUAAUAAAGUUUGAAAUUAAUGAAAAUUACUGCUCACCAAGUGCUUGUUACCAUAUAUGCAGAGGUGUACACGCUAUUUCGUGUAUAUAACAGGACGAUUCUAAGUUGCUACAAGUUUCACGGCUAAUGCGAUCAUAACGCAUAAACUGUUCUAAUUAUAUAUUUGUAUAUAAAAACUGUUCUAAUGUUCUAGUAAAUAUCUACUGCUCUAAUUAUUUUAAUUUAGGAAAAUUUCGUAGUUAUGAAAUUAAAAUAUUACUUUCAAAGGUACCUAAUAUAUGUAUGUAUGUAUUUAUAUAAACACUAAAACUUAAGUCAUAAAGCGAAUAUAAAUUCAUUGGUAUUUAAAUUGCAGCUGUAGAAGUAAAGAGUAUUCAAUUUCUUUACGUCCUAGUUUUGCUUAUGAAGCUUUUUAUAUUUUGAGUUGCCCUUGAAAUUUAAAUUUGCUAUUUAUAAGCUUCGUGUAUUAUAUAUUUUCUUCAUGUUUUGAUUCCAUCAGUUUUUAGAUACGGCUCCGGUACUAAUACUCUCCUGUGAAAUUCCUAUGUAUUUUAACAUUGUGAAACCGUACUCAGUUAUUGUAUUUCGUAGAUUUGUCAAUAGGCAGUUCACUUUUGCAAAUAGCGUACGAGAUUUGCACGAAAACAAAAGGAUUUCAAGGAAUUUUCAGACAAAACAAUUCCACCAAAGUUGUACGAGAUUUUCGAAGAGUGAUUCUCUCAUCCAGAGUCAGGAAAACAUUACAGUCACACGACCACUGACCGGAGGAAGGUCCACGAAAAACAAUAGAAGCUCCUAUGACACACCCAAAUCACGCCUAAUUUCUAUUGCUUUGUGAGGAAGGUUUGUCUUCUGGGAUGUUUUUGUCUGGAGGAAGGUUAACAACUUUUCUUGACUCUGCUCUCAUCUUCAAUAGGCGCGUCUAAUAACAACAAUGUAAGAAUGGAAUCUUCAUUUGAAGUGACAUAGUGAAAUUGCAGUUAAUGCCAGCUAGUUAACUAUUUACUGCUAAAUGUUUAGUUUUAAUCAUAAGAUUCUAAUUACAAGUUUACACAAUGAUGCGCGUAGAAGAAACUGGUAAAGGAGACCAACUCCUGACUCGUAUGUUUUACAGAGCCUGCAUUUACAGCUAAGUUUCUUGAAUCAAAUUAUGCAAUGUUUGAAUCUUUGAAGUUAUUUUCAUUUUCAUCAAAUCAGAUAACAUUUCGCAUAAUCUUAAACAUCUAAGGAAACAAUAGAAUCAUAGAUUUGUUCUCGUAUUUGAGACUUUAACUUUUCCCUCAGGAAGGUAGUGUAAUGCCUGCAUAAUGUACCGAAAUGUUCCCGGCUUCUUGCUUAAAUCUUGUGUUCCUUUUAAAAAUAUGCAUCAGCAUUAGAUACGAUUCGCAAGAGAAUGAACCUUGAUUUUCACAACACGCAUUGCCAAAGGUUACGUGCCUUUGAUUUUUAACACAGCUCAACUUGGCAGGGAACGUCUAGAUAAAUGUUGUUUUCUUCAAAAUUUCAGUUAAAAAUUUAGACAUUCUUCGAGGAAGAGCCCAGAAGGUCACACAGUCAAAGACUAUGAGAAAUCCCACUCAACACAGAAUGAGUUUAAUUACAACGCUCUAAUCCACCUUAAUUUUUGCUUUCAUAGAAAAUUUGCCAAAGCUUGAGAAAAUUGCCCGUAAUAAGGAUGAACACUUUAGUGGACUCAUCUUCAAGGUUUAUCCUAAGAAGUUAAUGUAUGAGAUUUUUGUCAGGUGUUUGUGAAGUCAAAGAUAAGGUACUUGUAUUUCAAUAAGGUGUGUUAUUAUCCUGUCAUUCACGGAAUCUUAUCAGUUGCAUUAUCUUAAAUGACACAGCAAUAGCAUGCAUGUGUUUUCCUGUUAAUAUAUAAUCCUGAAGUUAAAGAUUUGAUUUUAUUAUUAAUUUUGCUCUUUGCACGCGAGAAGAGAAUUUAAACUUCAUAAUUAGAAUGCCAACUUGCAAGAAGUUUCGAAAAAUUUUAAUUGUUUUAAAAUUUUGCCAAACAAAACAAUGAAUUUAAUGGCUCUGGAUUGGUGGCUGUUGUAAAUUUUUAUCUUCCUGACACUAAGAGCAUAUUGAUGAUUUCCCACGGUCAAACUAAACUGAGAGUAGAAGAUGAAUGACCAGAGUCAUGACGUCAAAAAAGUAUGUUUUUAGGAUUUUUGAAUUCUGAAUACAUAACCUAAAGAAUGCAACAUUAAAAUACUGAAAUGUAGACAAUUAGCUAAAUGUGGCAAAAAUUGGCUGUGAAUUUGUCAUAUUAACACAGGCUCUUCCCUAGCAAAUCACUUAUAUUUCGUCUUUGUUUCAAAGUCUAUGAAUUAGUCCAAAACACCAGUAAACCAAAAGUAACUGAGUUUCGUCUCAGUCAGUUUCAUCUUGCUAUAUCUCAGUCAGUUUGCAACAGAAUUGACUCAUAUUGCGCCUUCCGAGAUAUUUCAUGCUGUUAUUUUAAGUUGUGUGAUCAAAAAUUAAAGUUAAAAGCAAGAAAUCUUAUGACGUCACUCUUAAGAAUUUUAUAGAAGAAUGGAGUGGAAAGUCUUCCCGCAUAGACUUUGUCCCCCAUAUAGUCCUGCUUCUUGGUAUGGAUGCUUUGCGGUAUGCAAGCCGAAAGUGGAUACAAAGCUUACAGGCGUGCAUUAAUACUCAGGAGGGGUACUCCCUACUUUUCUAUACGGCGUGGGGGGUUCAUGUCAAUAUUUGGGGUCUGAGAUUUUAGAAAAAAAUAUAUUUGGGGUCUGUGAAUUACAGGUUAAGAGAAAUUCAUUAUUUGGGGUCUGACAAUUACAGCUUAAGAAAAAUUCAAUAUUUGGGGUCUGAGAAGUGAAAACGAAGUUGUAAAAGAAAACCAAAUAUUAGGGAGAAUCCUUAAAGAAAGGAAUCCUUAAAUUUUAAAUCUUGAAACAUCUCUCUUGGUUAUUUAUUGUUUAGGGUAUUGAAAAUGUUGUGAUAUUCAAUAAAAUUUUACAAAAAUGAUAGUCCAAAAUAUUUAACAUUAUUCAGGAACUCAAAAUUUUGAGACUCAAUAUUUGGGGUUCUUCAAAACUGUAACUCAAUGUUUGGGGGUCAAAAAAAAUUGCUGACAUGAAAAAGUAGUGAAUACUGGGCACUAAGAAUCCUUACUGAAUAAUAUAAUUUUAUCUCUUAACAGCUUUUUCAGUAUAUGAUAAGAUGAAAUUCACGCCUAGAAUUUGAAAACUUGUUGGAAUUCAACAGACAGAGUCCACGGAUAGAGUAUUUAUCACAACAAAGUUCUUCGGGAGCCUAGUUGUGCACCUGCUAUCGGUAAAAUAUGGAAAGUGCAGUCAGAAGGAGUCGGUGUAGAGACUAUCAAACAAAAUAGACAAUAUGAACGAUCUAAGUCCUCUUUAGGAAAUUUGAAAAUCUUUGCUGGUUGCAAGCAAGCUUAUCAGAUUAAAUACUUGUUUAGAACACAACUUCCGAAAACAUCGUUAUUGCAUCUUAUGCAGGGAUUUCUUUAAUACUUUUCUGUAAAUGCGCGAAUUUCACAUGCUAGACAAUUUUUUCGUUAUUUUGCUAUACACACAUAUACUGCUGAUUCUACUUAAGAUAAUAUAACCCACAAUCACUCUAUCCAAAGAUCAACGUCACAAUAUGUUUUAAUAUUAUAUGGACGAUUUAAUGAGCUGCUCGCUAGAAUAAGUUAGCUGAUAGCACCUGCAAAUGCGUCCUGCUUAUGUCCACUUCGCUGUGAUCUGCCGUUAAUCUGGAGCAUAUCUAGAUGAUUGUCAGACGUUGUAAUUGAUUGUUAGAGAUUCUUAAAGCUUCAAAAUCUAGGAUAAGUCUUUGUGAUAAUAAAGACUUCAAGUAUUUGAGAUCUAGGAGAAAAUCGGAUUGAUUGUCAAAGGCUGGAUCUAAAACUGUAACGCUAAACAGAUUUAAUUUCUUAAAUGUUUCUGGUGCAUUAUUGCUAAUCUGGGAAGAACCAAUGUAAUUUUCAUAAGCAGGUAUGAAAGCGCGUAUGCAUUGAAACUGCCAAACCUUUAUGACCGUUAUUGCAAUUUAGGCUACGUUCACACUGCUCCGUAUUCGUUUCGCUCUGUUUUUGUUGAUGGAAACGCUGUCCGUUCACAUUUAUCGGUUUUCAAAUUAAUACGAUUUGAAUACGGUAAGUGUUCACACUACUCCAACGAAAACGUUGUUGGUGGCCUCAUUUUUGAAAAGAGGCGUUCACGAAUCCUCAACAAAUUAGCGUCAUUAUCAAUGAAAUUAAAUAAAAGCAAAUCGUGAAAAACUUUUUUGUAACAGCUUCCAGUCCAUUAUGAAUUCUCAAUUUUAAAAUUUUUGAGAUUUGGUUUGCUGUAAAGCACGCAUUUUGUUGCCGUUUUUAGCGUAUUCAAAUGUCUCCGUUUUUAUUCGAAAUUAUCCGUUUUCAUUAGCGUCUUCGAACGACUCCGUUUUCACAGCAGAGUUGUGUGAACGCAAGGCAAAAACGGAUUAGUUUGACUCCUUUUUCAUUUGAAAACGAAGUAGUGUGAAUGGGCCAUUAGGCUCUAGCAGACAAAGGUGUUUUAAACCAGUUUUUUUCCUAUCUGGUGUCUGUUCAUAUGGAUUGAGAUCCAGCCCACAGAGUGAUUUGUUAUUGUUAUUGUGCUCAUAUGAAUCAUUUAGGCCGAAACGAAAAUAACGUGUUUACAUGGUAGAUUUUAUUCGUUUUUAUUUCAUUUCGCCUCAUUAUUAAAUCUUAUGCAUGCCUAAGCCAGUGCAAAAGAAAGAGCUGAAGUCAUCCAUCCCCGAGUUUUAUUUCACCUCAUUGAUUUCGCCUCUCUUCGUGUACACUCUUUUUUUUAUAAGAACAAUUUUAUAAGAACAUGAGCCUCAAAACUGGUCAAAAGUUAAGAACAAAUUAAGAAAAAGUUGAGGCUGAGCUUCUGCAAAAUGCAAUUUGAACAACGUUUUUCUCAAAAUCGAGGAUUUUUAGCGAUGUGUUGGUGCUUUUUCGGUGAAUACUCAAAUUUGUCAGCAAAUUAAGGCUGUCUCACUCACUUUGUUGGCAAAUGAGGCCUGAACACCUCCUUAGAGCGAAAAAGCUAGCAAUAGCACUGCUUACACCCUCUUAAUUUAACAAAUUAAGAACAAUCCAGCCUCAGAUUUUCGAAAAAAUUAAGAACAGUCAGCCUGAACUUAAAAUUACUGGUUCUUAUAUAAAAAAGAGUGUAAAGGCAGCAGUUUGUUUUACCAGCAACCGAAAUGAAACUCGUGUUUGCAUGACUUUUCAUUUCCUAUUUCGGGUAAAGUUUUCUUUCGGGAUGUCAUGUAAAGGUCGUCGUAUUUACCAACGCAUAUCAAAUAAUCCAUCGGGAUCACAAUUUUGCAUCAUGUAGAAGUGAUGGAAACCAUUAAAGCGCAAGGCAACGCGUAUUUGCGUCAUCGUCAAGGACGUAUUUUUUCAAUCAUACAGUUUUUCUCUGAGAAUAUCCUUGCUAUGCCAGGGACUGCAUCAAAGUGCUGUACAAGCGCAAUUUUAAGUAAGAUUUAUCGCUAAUAUGUAAAAACAACGCUUUUUAAUAUUAGCCCUAUUUGUGUUUAUUAUAAUCAUUAUUGUAAAAAUUGUCAGUUUAUUAUCAUGUUGGCAAAAAUUAAUAAGAUAGCUAAACGUGAUGUAUGCACUUACUAUUAGCUUACAAAAGCCAACUAAGAACAGCGAGUAUAAACCAAUAUUAAGGAAUCGCCAUAAAACAAGAACUAGCUUACAAAUUAUCAAAAUCCAAAUGCACGGAUAUAAAAUCGGCACAAACGGCUGUGGCAUUCAUUGGCAUUCCAAUUUCUGAUUCUCAUUUUAAGUUCCCUCAGGAAAGUAGAACAGUAAGCAGAGAGUGUCUGCCUGCGAUAUUUGUUGCACUCUGAUAUGUAUUGUUUCAGUUCCAAAUGAAAAUGUUUCUAUAUUAUUUAGUAAGAACUCGUUCGAAAUUUUAUUGUACGAUGAUUAAAGAUGGCAUUUGUUUUCAUUUAGCUUCAUUAAUUUGUCACAAAACCACUUGUUUAUUGAAGAUGAGUCAUUUUCAAUCUUGGUGUCCUUGCACAUGUUGUCCCAAUCACAAGUAAACAUUGUGAUCUGCAAAGAUGCUGAUUUCUAUUUUCUCUACGUGUAAUAGGAAGUUAUUUUAGAACCUGUUCAAAAAUAUUGGUCCAAGAGCAGAACCUUGUGGGAUACCGAAAUCUACAUUAUCCAAAAACGAUAGGUACCAUGAACAUUUACUUUCUGUCUUCUGUUGUGUAAAUAUUCUGAAUCAAUAUAAACCUGGCCCUCAAGCUUACAAAUGCUUAAGAUAGACACCAAAAGGUAGCACUCUUACAUUUCCUUCUCCAUCAGCAAGAGAAAUUUUUUAUUUUUCCGAUAGUUGUGUUAAGAGAGCCUGCUGAGAGCUACAAAGUAGAAGGGAAGAAUUUUCCAAGAGUCUCUCAAAAAUUUUCGAAAAGUUCAGUGGAAUACUGAUUGGCCUAAAAUUAACCUUUUUAAGUUGUUUCGUUCUUCUUUUGCAAGGUAGAGAUAUAAAGACAGUUUAGCUGGAAACAUUGAAUUUUAAAUACAAUAAUUAAAUGCAGUACGUAAAAGAUCAAAGAAAUUGUCUAAAAAAUUUUAAUGAAUUCUGGGAGGUUAAACUUUAGGCAGGGCUGCUGAGGGGUUAUGGUGGCUAUAGUGUCUUGAGUGAGGGGCCCCGACCCGCGAUGUAGAGGAAUCCAAGAAAAUUACCUUUUCUGAAUUCGUGAUCUAUCUCUUUCUUAUGCUAACUCAGGCCCCGUUCACAUUGCUCCGGAUUCAAAUGAAAACGGAUAAAAAAGUAUCCGUUUGUGCCUUGCGUUCACACUGCUCCACCUUGAAAACGGAUACUUUUGAAAAAGAAGUCUUAUGAAAUCGCAAAAACGCAAUGUGAACACCGAAAACGGGUACUUUUGAAAAUGCUAACAACAACAACAACAACACAGCAAAAUACUAAGACCGCGCCAAUUUGAACAACUUUUCUUAACAUUGCUGAUUCACUCGAAGUUAGUACACUACUUGGAGGAAUAUUAUUGCCAGUGAGUUGUUUAAAAAGUUUUUUAGCAGUCGCGAGUGCUGUAAACCAGUUCGUGGCGUUUUCCUUUUUAUACAGAGCGGAGCAAUGUGAACGCUUCAUCGUUUUCACGCCGUUAUCAAAUGUAUCCGGAGCAGUGUGAACAGGUAAAACGGAUCGAUAUGAAAACGGAUAAAAAUGAAUACGGAGCAAUGUGAACAUAGCCUCAUACUUCUCUCAAUUUCGUUUAAACAUGUGAUAUAAAUGUCAAUCAAACAGUUCGAUGUCUUUAGAUUAGCUUAAAAUCAUUCAUUCGUUUAAAAUGUUUUUCUAUUUUAAAGCAUAACUUUGAUUAUUUUUAUUUAUUCCGUUUUAAAAUGGAGUUCAUUAAUUUAGAAGCUGGCUGCUAGAUCUUGAAGUCCUGGGCGAUUUGGCCUCCCUUGCCUCCCUGUCGGCGGUCCUGACUUUGGUAGGGUACUUUGAUGUUCAAGACGCGACUCCGAAG